AGAGCUGUCUCUCAUCAGGAACAGGUUACAAAUCUCUUUACCACCCUCCAAUCACUGGAAAUCAAGCUUGGCCAAAAAGAUCAAAUCAUWGUCCAACAAGAACGCGAGAACAUGCGACUUCGGGAACACUUGGACAGAUUCAUGCAGAUAGUCGCGGACAGAAACUUAGAGCUGAAUAAUGUUCGAUUCGAGGCUUCGGGGAUGAUUCGAGACCUACGUGCGCGGGGCACACGGCUUGAAAGACGAAAUAAGUGUCUCCUCGAAGAGAUGGACAAGAAGAACGCUACUAUCGCUUCUUUGAUUUCUGAGGCAUGUUCAGUUCCCCUGCUCAGACGAUUGUUGGAAAGAGGAAGAAAUGAGCGAAAAAAUCUCCUAGAAAAACUCCAUGCAAUGGAAAAAUCCGCCCAAGAUUUGAUGACAAAAAACAGCGUAUUGGAACAUGAGUUGACUGUCAUUCCCAAAGAGAUAAUGUCUAAGGUACKUUCAAAAGAUCAAUUUAGA